AUGAAUUUUCGUUUUGGCAACUGCAUAACAUUUAACAAAGGUACUGAAGACACUGAACCGUUGAAAGUCUCCCAAACUGGCGUCGAAAGCGGUUUGGUUUUGAAAUUACAUCUAGAAACUGACCAAUACCAGCCAACAACCCAUACAGUUGGCGCCAGAAUGAUGUUACAUGAUCCUUACACCACACCCUCUGCUGAAGAAGAGGGUUUCAUUAUUAGUCCUGGCUAUGAAACUUCAGUGUCUUUGAAACAAACCGUUGUAAGCAGACUUCCAGCUCCGUACACGGAUAAAUGCUUGGAUUAUAAGAAUCAGACAAGCUUUUUUGCAUCAAACAGAAAUGAAUGCAUUCGGAAAUGUAUCCAAAAUCAAAACUUCAAAAAAUGUGGUUGCAUCGAUCAGACUUUGGCUGUUUUGGAUGAUUUGACGGCCUGCAACUUGAUGGACGUGACAGAGUCUUGCUGCUUAGAUGAUGCUUUGGAAGAUAUGUCUCACAAUGGGUCAUCUUGUGACUGUCCUCUGCCUUGCACUACUGUCCUUUAUAACGAAGAACUGUCGAGGUCGCUCUUAUUUGCAAAUUUUACAUCAGAAAACUUUACUAAAGAUCCAUCACCAGGAAAACAGCCUGUGAAAAGCAAUGAUCUGAAAAAUAGUGGUAUUAAUUAUAGAAAAGAGAACCUGAGAGUGAAAAUUUUUUAUUCAAGCUUAGGUCGACGCGUGUACGAGCAGAGACCUCAGUGGGAUAUUGUGGAAUUGCUAAGUUAUUUAGGAAAUGAAAUCGGACUGUGGCUAGGUCUGUCGGCAGCGACUCUUUUUGAAAUAUUGGAAAAAUUGACUGUAUUGAUAAAACGCAGAUUGUAG